GAGCCAAAAAGGCACCAAACUUCUCACUUGAGGCUCAUUUUUCGGCGUUGCGCCUGGACGUGCCUGCUUUUCUCCACCUCGCCUUUUCGUUAUCAUUCACUCCGCUGGAGGAUACCUGGACCUCUUACUGAUGGAACAGGGUCACUCCAACGUUCUCCUGCAGCCGCCCAAAACCACCUAACAUUUCCUGGAAAAACGUGUCCAUCGCCUGCUCCCAACAAACAUGGACUGUUUUCCCAUGCUUUAUUUUCUGUCGAGACAUCAUGAUUCCUGGUAAUCGAAUGCUGAUGGUCAUUUUAAUAUGCCAAGUCCUGCUGGGAGAGAGCAACCAUGCUAGUCUGAUACCUGAAGAAGGGAAAAAGAAAGUACCGGGCCUGCAGGGUCGUUCGGCCUCUCAGAGCCAUGAACUGCUGCGGGACUUCGAGGCCACGCUGCUGCACAUGUUCGGCCUCAAGAGGCGGCCGCGGCCCAGCCGCUCCACCACGGUGCCCCGCUACCUGCUGGACCUCUACCGCCUGCAGUCGGGGGAGGCCGAGGAGGCUGGCGGGCAUGACAUUGCUUUUGAGUACCCAGAGAGGUCAGCCAGCCGGGCCAACACUGUGAGGGGCUUCCACCAUGAAGAGCACAUGGAAAAGGUGCACGAGCAGGACCUUGGCGAGGCCACGCCCUUUCGCUUCAUGUUCAACCUCAGCAGCAUCCCGGAGGACGAGCUGCUCUCUUCCGCCGAACUCAGGCUCUACCGUCAUCAGAUUGACGAGGUCGUGGCUAACGCCCUCUCAGACGAGCAGGGGCUUCACCGGAUAAACGUGUACGAGGUGCUGAAGCCCCCGCGGCCCGGGCAGCUCAUCACGCAGCUCUUGGACACGCGGCUCGUGCGCCAGAACGCGUCGCAAUGGGAGAGCUUCGACGUCAGCCCGGCCGUGCUGCGCUGGACUCGUGAGCGCCUCCCAAACUACGGGCUGGCUGUGGAGGUGCAGCACCUCAACCAAACGCCGCGUCACCAGGGCCGACACGUCCGCAUCAGCCGCUCGCUACACCAGGAGCCCGGCGAGGACUGGGAGCAGCUGCGCCCCCUCCUGGUGACCUUUGGCCACGACGGGAAGGGUCACCCACUGACCCGCCGGACCAAGCGCAGCCCCAAGCAGCGGGGCCGCAAACGCAACCGCAACUGCCGGCGCCACGCGCUCUACGUGGACUUUAGCGACGUAGGCUGGAAUGACUGGAUAGUGGCGCCCCCUGGUUACCAGGCUUAUUACUGCCACGGGGAAUGCCCCUUUCCUCUGGCAGAUCAUCUGAACUCAACCAACCACGCCAUUGUUCAGACACUGGUGAACUCUGUGAACAACAACAUUCCCAAGGCCUGCUGCGUGCCAACAGAGCUCAGCGCCAUCUCCAUGCUCUACCUAGACGAACACGACAAGGUGGUCCUAAAAAACUAUCAGGAAAUGGUAGUGGAGGGCUGCGGCUGCCGCUAACACACAGACUAUCUGCAACAUGGACUUGGACUAGAGACUUGAAAAAAAAGCAACAUGGACGCAUCAGAAGGUCUUUACUCCAAAAAAAAAAAAGAAGUUCACUUGGACCCUUAUUUAUAACGUUUAUGUUGAGGUGUAUGUUUGUCUCACUUUUUUUUUUGUUUCUUUGACAAUAUGAUCAUAUAUUUUGACAAAAUAUAUAUAUAUAUAUAUUUAUAUCUACAUAUUAAAAAUAAAUUGAGUCCUUAUUUUAAACAUAAAAAGCUGUACAACUUUUCAUAAUGUACAUUAGAUUGUAUAAGUUUUUUUAUUGAGAAAAUAGUAAAAACAAUCUAAAAAGUAAAGUUUAUUUACUUGUAAUAUUUAUUGCUUUCAUAUUAUAUACAUUUUUGGAGAAAAAAAAAUAAAAACAUGACUUGCUUCCAAUAAUACAUUCAGACCCAGCACAAGAUACAUGCUUUGUGUAUUUGCCUAAAUUAGAGCACUGUGUGAAAUGGUCACUUUUUAAAGGAAACGUGGGAAAUUAUCUGAAAUAUGCACUGAUUAAUUUGAAUCAAGACAUAUAUGGGUGUGUGUAAACAAGGUGGCAGUAAAGUCCAGUUUUGGUUUCAACAUGAAUUUGGAUUUAAAUUCUACACCUUUAUCUUAGUUAUCUUUCGGCCUUUUAAUGUGUUUCAAUCAACUUUCAUCUACAACACAAGAUAUUAUUCACCAUUUCUUCACCAUUCCACGAUUCACAUUUCACCAAAGAAAGAUGAAUAUUGGAAAUUAUCGCCCUGUGAUGGAUUUUCUCAGUUUUCGGUUACAGAAGCUGUCACAGAAAGGCAAGGCCAUUUCAAAGCGUGUACCCCCUUUGGAGCGAAAGGCCUUAUUGUUCUCAUAUUUCACUUUUAUGUCAACCUGACUAACAUGUGGUGGUUGGACACUUGCUAAUCCAAUUGCAGCCGGGGCGGGCUGUUGAGCCUGACUGUGGGAGAGUGACUCUAUUGUUCUUGACGUCCCCCACAUCGGGGGCAUGAUUGUGGCCGAUGCGUCCUGCCCUGACACAAGACGGCUGAGUCCUCAGAAGAAUCAAAGGUUAGACGCUCUGUCUCCUGCCUUUGUCUUCGGCGGCUCAUGCCGGCAGAGCAAAGACGCCUGUCUCCAACCUGUGCCCCAACACACAAUGGGCUUCUAAAUCACUUAUUUACAAGCUGACGGCUGGCCCAAAUUAUAUGAUAAUGUUUGGAGAGAGCGACUACUUUG